UUACCUAUUAAGUAUCAUAGGGAAGCAGAAAAGAUAUACAUGUAUAAUAUUCGUAAUGAAAUGAGAUUUUUUUAAAUAGGUCUGUUUCUUAUUUAGUUGGCACGAAAAUGCACCAAAGGAAAUAAAGCAUGGACUUAAUCGAUAAACUGGAAGAAACAGCAAAACCAAAUGAGAAUGAAGAAUGGCACAAGAGUAUAAUUGGAGGUUGCAACGAGUCUGCAAAGUAUUUUACAAGUGAUUAUGAACGCUGUGAAAUGGUAGGAAGUACUGUAGAUGGAACAAGACUGCGUUCCAGAACGGAUGAUGGUGACUUCGAUUUCAUAGUGUCCUCUUGCAUUCCUAUAUCUUCCAACAUGAUUGAGCAGCAUUCUACAGUCCCAUGUUUUGUUAAAAUAAUAGGAGCAAAACUAAAUCCUUGUCCCAGUCUUAUCGAUGGAUAUUUACCAACAAGUAUUUUAAAAGAAAUGAAUAUUGAUUUCUUCCCAGUAUUCAAGUUAUUUACUGAUUUUAUAAGUCCGUCUGUGUAUAAUUCGUCUGGAAAUGGUUAUAUACAUUCUAAGACACAUGAAACAAGCUUAGGAAUGUCAUCAACAAACAUUCGAACUAGUCCUCAAAACUUUCAGUUCAAUUCGGUCUAUAAUCGAUUGCCUUUUAGACUGAGGGUAAAGUUGUUUUACUUUAAGCUACGGUAUAGAUAUGCCUUUUCAACGCUUAGGUUAGUUGUCGAAGAAAUUGAAAAAAAGCGAACUGAUAGACUGAAGAGUGGAAUUAUUUAUCAGAUGGUCGCAAGCUCGAAUAAUUCAGACAAUCACACGUGUCAGACAACCAAUCAAGAUACCUUCAUUGGGACAAAAUUCAAAUACGAUAUAGUUCCAGUAUUUCGUUUAACUGACCCAGAGAAAUUACUUGAAAAGUGGCAGAAAAGAUCUAGAAAAUGGCCACCUAAAGAAAGUGUAGAUCAAAUUAUCGAAAUGCCAGUGUACUUAGCUGCCAAAAAAGCGUUGAAAGCAAGUCGGGAGGAAGUAGACUUUUGUCUUAGUUUUUGUAUGCUGGAAAUUACAUUAGUACAUAACUUUACACCGUUACAAAAAUACACAUUUCUUUUGCUUAAAGCUAUCCACAAGGGUUACUUGUCGGAAUACGCGGAAAUUCUAACAACAUAUCAUUGGAAAACAGCAUAUUUUUUAUAUUGUGAAAAUCAUGAAUUUGAUGAAUUAAAAAAAGACAACAAGGAAGUAUGCCCCUUUGACGAAGUGUCACGCGUUUUGUGUUUCAUGAAGGAGUGUUUAGAUUUAAGAAAACUCGACCAUUAUUUUAUUGAAAGCUGUAAUUUGUUUACAAGUCUUCCAAUUGAAACGAUAAAGUGUAUUGCUGAAAACAUUUCCCCACUUCAAGACACUGACAGUAUAAAAUGUUCAGUAAAUAUGUUUUGGGAAUUAGAUCACAAGCAAGAAAUCCAUGACGAAAUUGUGGAUCAGCAAACUCAGGAGCAGUCUAAAAUAAAACUAGUAAAUGCUGUCAAAGAGAUGCUUAAAAUGAUGAGCAAAAACAGAUCUCAAACUGAGAAGGCAAAAGAUGACUUUCUCUCUUACGUGUUUAAGGUUACAAACUGCAAAACUUAUCAGCCUCAUAAGUGAAAACUUUUUUCCACACGUUAAUUGAAUUGUCGUAUGCUAUCCUGGUAUGAUGAGUUUGUGCUAAAAUUUCCCAUCAAAUUUAUCUUUUGCCCAAGGUCUUUCGUUAAAUCAUUAGAGUAAUACAUCCAGCCAUUUUCCCCACUAAUUCUUGUGGUUAUCCACCUGCAAUAGUUACAUUUCUAAACGCAAUUAGAACACAAUCUCAACAUCUCAACGGGAUAAAUACCAUAAUCAAAGGGCUAUCAUGGUAGAAUCUAUGGUCUCGAUUUCUUCCCGGGGAUUCAGUUGAGCGAUAACAUUCGACUAUCCCAGGUUUUAGUCGAAAUUAUUCGUUUGAACCACAAACCUUACAGAUCAGGCUGUUUUAUUGAACAACGUACAGGUUUGGUUAUUGAUAUUUUCAACUCCGUCUAAUGUUAAAGAUGAAUAUUAUGAAGAAGUUUACAGUUUCUGAAUAACAAUUAUAAUAUUUGAAUUGAUUGAAAUUCCUUGAUAAAGGGGCACUAGCUACGAGAUAUAUAUAUAAAAAAAAUUGAAAUAUGAUUUUUUUGUUUAAUCAUUAAUGAAAGUGAAAUAGUGAAAUGAUUAUUCGCUUUUAGCAGCCAGUAUGGUUCAAUUUUGUCAAAAUAAACUAAGAAACAUCGAUGAUGAAUUAUUCACUUGCAAGUGAAUAAUUCGACCUCAUUGAAUCCGUAUUCAUGUGACCUUCAAUUUAACCCCUUAACUAGAGAUGGAUUACGCAUGAAUUAUGCGUGUUCAGUUAUUAAAAGUAUAAGAAUGUGAACAUUGAAAGUGAAACAAAGGUAAAUCAUUUGAUUGACAGAUUCGAUCCACAAAAACUCUUAUACAUGUAAAAAACGAUAAUUAACUUAUUGUUUUAACCUAUAACAUGAAAUCAAACAGACAUAGAAAAAUCCAAUUGCACGAGGUCGCUAUAUAUUAUAUGAAUGUUUAUGUUUAUAUCGUGUUAUGUGACAGUCGGCAUUUUUCAUAGGUCAUCUCGAUAGUUAAUUAGAUGGCGUCUAGACUAAAAUACCAAAGAAAUUCAGAUAUAUAUUAUCUAGUAUAUGCAUUGUUAACUGUUUAUUUCAGACUUAUUGUAAUUUGAUAUGUAUUUUAGUAUGUUAUAAAUAAAAUAUGAAAAUUUGAGUCAAAUCGAUGAACAUGAUUUUGACAGCUAGUGCCCCUUUAAGGCAACAAGAAUCUGUUAUUCUCUACUAAACUAGCAUGCUGAUGAUUUUUCAAAUACAUACCAAAUAUCAAUGGUA